AUGUGGCGCGCAAGAUCUCGGAAUUACCAAAUUCAAGCUCCACUCCAAUCGCCUUCACUCGAGCCGUCGCCCAUCCCUCCCUUCCUUCGUUUUCCCUCCCCCCUCCUCCUCCUCGUCUCGCGUCCCUUCCCCCCUUCUCCCCCCUCCUCCUCUCCCAUCCGAUCCCCGCCCGCUGCGCCCGAUCCCCGCCCAACGCCGUUUGCCACCGACGUUCGCCACCGCCGCCACCUCCACAAGCGCCGCCAUCGGCCCUCAAGUGCCACCAUCGGCCCUCAAGAGCCCACCCACCCCCACCUCCUGCCCCUUACCCCGUUGUUCACCAAGCCGGAGAUGACGCGCAGCGGAGGAUGGUCGGGGGAAGAACGCUCACCACCCCCGCGGGCAGGCUACGCGCCACCGCAUGAUGGCGUCUUCGCGACGCCGUCGUCCUAG